UUUUUUCAACAAACGGAAUUAGACGAAAAAUAUAAUCCUGGUCCGUUGAAUUUUGUGCAAAAACAGAGCCCCUUGGAGAGAAAAUUCUAGAUGAAAUUUAGUGCACUGACUCGUUCAUUAAACAACCCUCAAGUCAAAAAGAUCCAAUCUUUAUCACAUCUACCUCCAAUUUUUGAGCUAUAUUGGAUUUUCAACUCAAAUAAUUUCUGGGUUUUGCUCAGUUGACCAAUAGUUCAGGUUUUGUUGAAGCUUCCAGGAAAGAGGGUUUAUGAGGUUUUGCACUUUUUUAGUAUUUUUAAAGGCUAACUUAACAAAGUUUGAUUUGUAUUUGAACUCUGCCUCAAGUUCAUGUUCUGUUCUGUUCUGUCUCGAUUCAAAGUUUGAUUAUACAUUUUUUGGUUGAAAACUUGUAGUUUUGUGAAUCUGGAGGGGCCAUGGUGGUGGUUUUCUUGGUUAUAUAAGUCGGUUGUUGAGACUUCUGGUGCUAAUUAUAGUUACAAGUUGUGCUAGAAAGUUGUUUGCUUUUUGGUGUUCAAAGCGUGGAAUAUGAAGGGGUGUUUUUGAACUGGGAGCAUGGUGGUUAUGUAUGGGUAGCACAACAGUGAAAGUUGGUGCAGAGCAUAAUAGAAGUGUUGCUUCUGGGAUGCCAAGCUUCAUUUCUCCAACACCAGUUUCCAAUCAAAUGGCCACAGAAGGGAAUGCUACUCAUUCUUCUCGAAUUACAGACUUUGGAGUCCUGGAACAGUAUCUAGGUUUCCGCAUCGGGGAUGGUGCAAAUGUCAACCGAAGUCCAGCAUUCAAUCUAGGUGUAACUAAUGCAGCAGCAGGUACUGAUCUCCAAUCUGGCAAGUCUGCCAAUUCAAAUUUGCCUUCUGCUAUCUCGAUGCCUCAAACAACACAAUUACAAAAGGGGUCACAACCAAAUGUACUUUCUGUACCUGGUGCUCAUCAUGAGAACUGGGGGGAGUCUAACAUGGCAGAUUCCAGUUCCCGCACUGAUACUUCAACAGAUCCAGAUGGAGAAGAUAAAAAUCAGCGGGGUGACAUGGGUCAAUCCACUGGUGCUGCUACUUAUGACUCUAGUGACAAAUCAAAAGAAAAGAACAUGGAUCAGAAGACAUUGCGUAGACUUGCUCAAAAUCGUGAAGCUGCUAGGAAAAGUCGAUUGAGAAAGAAAGCUUAUGUACAACAACUGGAGAAUAGUCGGCUGAAAUUAACUCAACUAGAGCAGGAACUCCAAAGGGCACGACAGCAGGGAAUAUUCAUUUCUAGCAUGGGUGAUCAAUCUCACGGAACAAGUGGCAAUGGGGCCAUGGCGUUUGAUGUAGACUACGCUCGUUGGUUGGAAGAACAUAAUAGGCAUAUUAAUGAGCUUAGGACAGCAGUAAAUGCACAUGCCGGUGAUGCUGAUUUGCGUGUAAUUGUUGACAAUGUCACUGCACACUACAAUGAUAUUUUCAGGGUGAAAGGUACAGCUGCGAAGGCUGAUGUCUUCCACAUCUUAUCGGGUAUGUGGAAAACACCUGCAGAAAGGUGUUUUAUGUGGAUUGGUGGAUUCCGCCCAUCUGAACUUCUAAAGCUCCUUGAGCAUCAUUUGGAGCCUCUGACUGAGCAACAGAUGGCUGGUAUAUACAACUUGCAGGAAUCAUCACAUCAGGCAGAAGAUGCUCUUUCACAGGGCAUGGAGGCCCUGCAACAGUCUCUGGCUGAGACAUUAGCAAAUGGUGCUUCUGGCCCUGAAGGUGCAUCUGGAAACGUAGCAAACUACAUGGGUCAAAUGGCCAUGGCAAUGGGAAAACUAGGAACUCUUGAAGGUUUCCUCCGCCAGGCAGACAACUUGCGACAGCAGACACUCCAACAGAUGCACCGUAUACUGACCACAAGACAGUCGGCUCGUGCCCUUCUGACAAUAAGUGACUAUUUCUCGCGUCUUCGAGCCCUGAGUUCCCUUUGGCUGGCCAGGCCACGAGAGGGAUGAGUGAAGCUCUGCUUCUUGCAUCUCACUAAUACUGUCAUCAACUGCAUGUACUAAAAGGCCUAUUACUUGAUGUUGCUCGAGGGAAAGCUGGAGCAACCAUUGCAGGCAACCAACCCAAGCCAUUAGGUGUUAUUUGUGUUCUGCUUGAUGUAAAGUUUUCCUGCUAAUCUGCUGUUGUACAAUAGUAUUUACUUUUCAUGGUAGGCUGUAUGCUGCUGGUUUUUCUGCUUCCAAACACAUAUAAUAAUAUAUGUUCAUAUUUAUUAGGAGUAUGACAGAAAAGACACACCUAGGUUUUAGCCAUAAAAUAUGUACAGAAACCAAAAUGAUUUGAAUAAAUUUAUUCUGGCUUCUGUUUUCCACCA